GUCAUCUCAAAACCCUCUUUUAUCCUCCUUUUUAUUUUUCUUCACAUUCGAGCUCUGAAAUUUUUAUUUUCCCCGAUCGCCGGGAUUUUCGCCGGUGAUGUGAUUUUCCCGCCCUUUUUUUUGGAGGUAAAAUAUUUUAGAGAAGCUGGAGACUCCAUAAGAGCGACAACCCCGAAAUGACCUUGCAACCUUCGCGAUUCGUAUGGCGCCGGCUGUUUUGGCUACCUUAAACGAACCGUCGUUCCAGGGACAAUGCGGCGCCGUUUUUAUGAGGAAAUUUACAAGCCAAUCCGUCCCCGAAAACACCAAUAAUCCUUUUCCUUCUCUCUUCAACCCUAACCCUAGCCCUAAUUUCGAUUCGAUUCACAGGAGCAAUUCGAGCAAGCAGUUCGAUGAUUCGUCAGAUUUUGGAGCUUACGCUACUUUUAAUGUCGCUGGGUACACCUCUAGUCAGCUCAGGGAGCUGAAGAAGCGAUUGACCUCAGAACUCGAGCAGAUUCGGAUCCUGAGGGAACGGAUCGAGUCAGGGACGUUCGAGACCCAGCAAGUUUACAAUACACCUGAGGUAUCCGCCGUUCGAUCAGCUCCGACCAAUAGCUUUGCCGGUGAAACGAAUGACCUUGGACUGAAGAAGAAGAAACCAAAGAAAAACGGGUCAGGCCUGAAGCGAUGCAAUCCAUUUGCUACGGAAGAGUCUCACAUGAAGCGGCCGGCGGCUUCGGAUCCGGAGUCGGAGAAAUUGUUGGCCGGUAUGUUGAAUACUUGCAGUCAGAUCUUGGGUAAGCUGAUGAAGCAUAAAUGGGCGUGGGUGUUCAACACGCCUGUUGAUGUUGUAGGUUUAGGGCUUCAUGACUACCAUCUGAUCGUGAAGAAACCCAUGGAUCUGGGCACGGUUAAGAUGAAUCUGGAAAAGAGGUUUUACGUUUCGCCGCUUGAUUUUGCAACCGAUGUCAGAUUGACAUUCAGGAAUGCAAUGGCGUACAACCCGAAGGGACAAGAUGUGUAUUUUAUGGCUGAGAAGCUUCUUGAUCAAUUCGAUGUUAUGUUCAAUCCUGCAUUCAAGAAAUUCGAGGCUCAGCAGCUGAAACUCACUUGUUCAUCAUCUCGUCCUGAAUCUGAGUUCAUGCAAAGGCAGUGGAAUCAGACUCCAAUGGCUGCAAUUGCGAGGAGAGGAACCGAACAAAUCUCUAUAGCGAAGAAGUUAGAUUCAGUGAAGCCGCCACAACCUACAUUGCCUCCGCAAGUAGUCGAGCCGCCACUUGUGCAAACUCCUUCGCCUUCUCCUCCUCCUCCUCCUCCACCUGCGGUUCAGCCUCAACCGCCCCUUCCGCAGCCGGUUACUGAAGUCGAUGCCCCUCCUGAUGUGACUGAAGUGACCAAAGUGAGGAAAGGGAAGUUGCCGAAGCCUAAGGCUAAGGAUCCAAACAAAAGACUGAUGACAAUGGAGGAGAAGUCAAAGCUUGGUAUGAAUCUACAAGACUUGCCUCCUGAGAAGCUCGGGCAGUUGGUUCAGAUUCUCAGAAAGAGAAACGGACAUUUGGCUCAAGAUGGCGACGAAAUCGAGCUUGAUAUUGAAGCGGUAGACAAUGAGACUCUAUGGGAGCUUGAUCGUUUUGUGACCAAUUACAAGAAGAUGGCCAGCAAAAUCAAGCGCCAAGGGUUUAUCCGGAAUGCUUCAACUCCACCUAGAAACAUGACGUCGGUGGCGGCAGAAAUGGGUAGUGCGGAGAAGAGAACAAGGAAAGGGGAUGCAGGGGAAGAGGAUGUAGACAUUGGAGAAGACAUACCAAUCGAAGAUUAUCCAUCUGUAGAAAUCGAAAGAGAUGGUACUGCUGUAGCAGCUGCUGCUAGUAGUGGGUCUAGUUCUUCCGGCAGCUCUAGUUCUAGUAGCGGUUCCUCGUCUAGUGAUUCAGGGUCAGGUGGGAGUUCAUCAGGUAGUGAUUCUGAUGCAGAUAGUGUUCAAUCGCCGUUUGUGGAAUCAAAAGAAGCUCACUGAUAGAAUCUAUUGGAGGAUUUAGCCAGUUGUUCCUCUGUCUUCAAGUACUAAGAAGCGUUUUGUAUCCACAAGACUUAGCCAGAGAGGUGGAACCGUGGGUGUAAAGGAAGGAAGGAGGGGAAAAACACCGAGAGAAAGAGAAGGAUUUGUCUGUUCUUUUGAAGGAAACCUUAGGAAGCAGUUUUUAUUUGUUAGAGAGAAAACAUGGUAUGGGUAGAUAGAGAAAAAGCUAGUUCGUUAUUUAAUUCACCUUUUAGAUAUAGGAGUUGUUUUAGUGUAUUUGUCAGAUGAUGAACAGAGAAGGUGAGAAUGGAGUGUGGAAAAUGUUGGAGAAGACAAGAGUCUGUUGGGGGUUCUAUGACUUAAUUUUUUGCUUUGUUCUUAGUGGUAAAGAGUCUGGUUGUGGUAGGAAAAAAAGUUGAUAGAAGAGAAGAAAGAAUCAAUGCAAUGUAGUAGUUGAGCGAUGUAAAUGGUUGGAAAAUUAAAAAUCUUAUUUGUUGAAAAAAA